AUGAUUGGAUCGUUACUAACAAGAGGACUUGUGAUGGUAUUUGGAUAUGCGUAUCCUGCUUAUGAAUGCUACAAGGAGAUUGAGAAGAAUAAGCCUGAGGUUCAACAGCUUCGUUUCUGGUGCCAGUAUUGGAUUUUGGUGGCUGCUUUGACGAUUUUCGAACGAGUUGGGGAUACUUUUGCUUCCUGGUUUGUGGUUCCGCUUUACUGCGAGGCAAAGCUUGCAUUUUUUAUAUAUCUUUGGUUCCCCAAGACUAGAGGAACUACCUACGUUUAUGAUUCUUUCUUUAAACCAUAUGUUGCAAAGCACGAAAAAGAUAUUGACCGCAACUUGGUUGAGCUGAGGACCAAAGCUGGAGAUAUGGCAGUCAUGUACUGUAAAGUAGCAGUUUGCUACGGACAAACAAGAUUCACCGAGAUCUUGCAUUUUGUUGCUCUGCAAUCAACACCAAAACCUCAACCUAAGGAAAAGAAGCAGCCAGCACCAAAAGAGGAGGAACAGAAGCAACCAGAUGUUAAGACGAGUCAAGCAGCUUCUACACCUCAAGCUAGUCUACAAGCACCAAAACCUAAGAAACCACUGCUUCUAACCAAAGAAACUAUAGCGGUCAAGCCUACUUCAUCUCCACGGAAACAGCUACAGCCACAGCAACAAACAGAAACCAAGGAAGCACAACCCAGCGUGUCGCAAACCAAACUCACUCCUACUCCACCACCUUCACCUGCCACUAAACCAAACGCUGAUUCUGCACAGCCAGCACAAUCAACAACAGAGAUAGAGAAAGCGUCAGAGGUCGUUGCAGCAGCCAUACCAGCAACAGAGAUUCAGCGAGCGUCAUCUUCGAAAGAGGCAAUAACGGAGGAAGCACUAAGGGUCACUCGUGGGAGUCUGAGGAAAGCUCGUUCAGUGGGGAACACGCUAAAGGAAAAAUAGAGCAGUAGUUUAAAUCUCUGUCUGGUUUUCAAUGGUGCCUUUCUUAUGAAGUCAACGUAAACAAGAAUAAUUGAUUUUGUUAGGGGAAAAUUGGUGUCAUUUGUCUUUUUAAUCAGAUGUAAAUUGUUCAGACUUGUGACUAAUCUUUAAUUUGUCUUCUUUUCGGAUUUAAAAUUCC